AUGGCGUUCCUCCUCCGGAGACCAUUUGCGAUCACCGCGACACUCAAGCAAGCAACCUCAAGGUCGUCGCAAACCCUCACACUGCGCGCCUUCCACAACACGCCACUCAAGCAGCACCCACACUUCUUUCGCCCGGCGAAGCCCGCUGUCUCGACGUCCCAAAAUGUCUCUAAGUUUAGGCAGACAUUCCGACGGAAAUACCAGCAGGCCGCAUACAACCCGGUAGCGCAAGGCGACGUGCGCCAGCGACUGCUCUACGGUGCUGGCAUUUUCGGCGCAACCCUCUUAGGCAUCAACUUCAUCUUCAAUCGCGAAACCAGGGAGGAUGGCGGCAUGCCGCCCUUCGAACGCGCCUACCUUAACGACACCUUCAUGCACACUGGCCUCGGGAUCGGAAUCAUCGGUAUUGCGGCGCGCGCACUGCACAUGAACGGCUGGAGCUUCAGGCUCAUGGGCGCAAACCCGUGGCUGGUGCUUGGUGUGGGCUUGGUCGGAAGCAUUGGAACUAUGUAUGGCACCAUGGCGACAAGCCCAAGCAACUAUGUACAAAAGUAUGCCCUCUGGUCCGCCUUCAACGUCACUCAGGCACUUCUCUUGUCGCCACUCUUCUUUAUGCACCCCGCUAUCCUCGCACGCGCUGGCCUCUACACUGUCGGAAUGAUGGGAAGUAUCGCCUUUGUUGGAGCCACUGCCAAGACGGACAAGUACCUGUACCUCGGUGGUCCGCUGCUCGCAGGCGUUGCCAUCGUCGCCCUCUCCGGCCUUGCCCCACUCGUCGUCCCCGCCACUGCCGCCCGCACACUGAUGUUCACUGAGAACAUCUGGCUCUACGGAGGCCUUGCCGUGUUUGGUGGAUUCACACUGUACGAUGUGCAGAAGGUGUUGAACCAUGCGCGCAUGGCGGAGCGCGGUCUGAUACCCAAGGAUCCGGUAAACGAGGCCAUCUCGCUCGAGUUGGACUUCAUCAACAUCUUCAUCCGGAUGGUGCAGAUCUUGGGCAUGAGCCAGAACAGGAGGAAGUAA